AUGACCAACCGGAACAGUAUGCAAAUGCGCAGUCAAAUCUGGUGGUGUCAGUGCGUCCACGGCCGCCGGUACCGGUGUCACCGAGAUGAGCUUCAAGUUUGGGGAAGAAAGAUCAACAGCAGCAGAGUGCGGAAAAGUAGAUCGUCAAAUCGUCAUCGGAAGCAUCUCAAGCCCCUAAACCUACUGAGAUCACCUCUUCAGAAACCUGUCUCACGGGGCUGCAGACAGGCAGUCGAUGAAAACGCCGGAAACAGCACCGCUGACAUUGACCGCUCGAUGCCCAACAGCGUGACUACAAAGCCGAUGAAGGUUGAAGGACUGCGAAGGCGGCCCUCCGGUGCGGAACGCAUCACCUGCUAA